AUGAGGCUCAGAGACAAAGGCGUAAAUUGUCCAACUCGUUGUGUUUUAUGUAACUCGGAUGAUGACGAGGACAGUUACCAUCUCUUUUUUAAAUGCCCUAGCAGUUCUAACAUCUGGACUAUGUUUGAUGCUUUUCAAUCUAUGAGUGGGGUGAUAAAUCAAGGCCAGGACAGUGCUGGAAAUAUUUUUAACAUGCUGCAGGUGCUGAAUGCUGGUGAUGCAGCCUUGUUUUGUUGUACUUUGUGGAGCAUUUGGAAACAAAGGAAUAAUAAGGUUUGGAAUGAAUUGACUGACGCACAAAGAUUCGUUUUUGACCGCGCAAAGACUUUACUAGAUGACUGGAAGACAGCUAAGGAUUUUUGCCAACCAACUUCUAAUAUGCAAAGACCUGUUCAAUAUCCAAGAUGGCAGAAACCCUUGGAAGGUAGAUUCAAAUGCAAUAUUGAUGCAUCCUUCUCCAAGCAUUUAAACAGGGUGGGAAUCAGAAUUUGUAUUAGGGAUGACUCAGGUUCCUUUGUGUUGGCUAGAACCGAAUGGAUUAGUCCUCUUUGUGAUGUUCAUGUGGGAGAAGCUCUUGGUUUACUAUCUGCUUUAGAAUGGGUUCAUCUUCUUCAACUUGGACCAAUUGAUUUCGAGCUUGACGCGAAAAGAGUUGUUGACAGCUUCUUAUCUGCACAACAUGAUGCUACAGAGUUUGGUAGCAUUAUACACAGAUGUAAAACUCUUUUCAAUUUAUUUUAUGAAAACUCUAGUGUGGAGUUUAUUCGGAGACAAGCGAAUGAGGUUGCCCAUGAAUUAGCUAAGGCGGCCUCAUCAUCAGCUAGUUUCCAGAUUCUGGUUAAUAUACCAGAAUGUAUUGAACACAUUUUGAUUAAUGAAAUGCUAUAA